ACGGUGGCGGGGUCAAAGUUGUUUUGUCUUUUGUGCACAGCAGAAGAGAAGAGUGGAGUCCGAUCAAACAGCGGCGUCUCUUCCCUCUUCCCCGAGUCCUCUUAAAACUCCCUCCCAAACCUCUCCCCUUCCACCCUUGUCACCCUAUCCACCCCCUGGACACACUUCAAGGGACGGUUCGGACUUUCAGCAAGUCACCAAAAACCUACUUUGUUGCCAAGUGUGGUGUGUUUGGAUUAAACGACUGCAAUGGACUCCAGUCUGGUAGAAGGAGGACUAAAUGUUACCUUAACCAUCAGGUUACUCAUGCAUGGGAAGGAGGUUGGAAGCAUAAUCGGCAAGAAAGGAGAGUCGGUGAAGAAAAUGAGAGAAGAGAGUGGUGCUCGCAUCAAUAUCUCAGAGGGAAACUGUCCAGAGAGGAUCAUAACCCUCGCAGGACCCACCACCUCCAUUUUUAAAGCCUUUUCUAUGAUAAUUGAGAAACUGGAGGAGGACAUCAGCACCUCCAUGACAAACAGCACGGCCACCAGCAAACCGCCAGUAACCAUGCGCCUCGUCGUGCCUGCCAGUCAGUGUGGCUCACUCAUCGGCAAGGGUGGCUGUAAGAUCAAAGAAAUCCGCGAGUCGGCAGGAGCUCAGGUACAAGUAGCAGGGGACAUGCUGCCCAACUCAACAGAACGUGCCAUCACCAUUGCAGGGACUCCACAGUCCAUCAUCGAGUGUGUCAAGCAGAUCUGCGUCGUCAUGCUCGAGUCUCCACCGAAAGGAGUAACCAUCCCAUACAGGCCCAAACCCUCAGGCUCUCCUGUCAUAUUUGCAGGUGGUCAGGCAUACGCUGUCCAAGGGCAGCACGCCAUUCCACAGCCUGAUGUAAGUGAAGGGCCCUCUCUCACUAAACUUCACCAGCUGGCCAUGCAGCAGACCCCCUUCCCCAUUGCACAUGGAAACCAGGGCUUCCAGGCUGGGAUGGAUGCCUCUGCACAAACUGGCUCUCAUGAGCUGACCAUUCCAAAUGAUCUUAUCGGCUGCAUUAUAGGCCGUCAGGGUGCAAAGAUCAACGAGAUCCGUCAGAUGUCAGGGGCCCAGAUAAAAAUUGCCAACCCAGUGGAGGGCUCGACUGACAGACAGGUCACCAUCACUGGUUCCCACGCCAGCAUCAGCCUGGCGGAGUACCUGAUCAACGCUCGGCUUUCUUCUGAAGCUACUGGCCUUGCAGCCAACUGACAUGGAGGAUUUUCAUCAGCAUCUACUUUAACCCCUGCCCCGACUUUUUACCAAGAGGUCCCUUAUUGAACUUAAUGCAAAAACCAAGUACUAUAAAUCAACAGCUUUCUCCUGCAUUGGUUAGACAUCUACUUCAGUUGUAAUUACACCAUAAUGCUAUUGGUAUUUUAUUUAUUUAUUAUGUUUUAAAUUCUGUUUGCAUAUAGUUUUCAAAGAUCUUCUUCUGUUGUAUUUUUCCUCUUGUUUUGCUGUAUAUCUGUAAGAUCUUCUUGAUAAACUGUAAGUAUCAUGUUUUAGAAAAAUCUGAAAAGCAUAAAUAAGAUUUUUCUUACAUCAGAUUUUUCUUAGAAAA